CUCCCGGCGCUGGAAAGAGCAGAAGCCGCGCGAGCGAUUUAACAUGGCGGAGGACGCAGCCUCAGCGGCUCCGAGCCCGCGAGGGCGUGCUGACGGGGAGGAUGCGGGCCCCUCGGAGGAGCGGACGGUGGAAACGGCGAGAGAGAAUCAGGAACAGUUUGAGUGCCAGGAACUGCUCGAAUGCCAGGUGCAGUUGGAGGCCCCAGAGGAAGAGGAGGACUCGGGCCUGGUAGCUGAGGCCGAGGCGGUAGCUGCCGGCUGGAUGCUCGAUUUCCUCUGCCUCUCUCUUUGCCGGGCCUUCCGUGACGGCCGCUCCGACGACUUCCACCGGACCCGCGACAGCGCCGAGGCUAUUAUUCAUGGACUGUCCAGUCUAACAGCUUAUCAACUGAAAACUAUAUACAUAUGUCAAUUUUUGACAAGAAUUUCAGCAGGAAAAGCCCUUGAUGCACAAUUUGAAAUUGAUGAACGAAUUACACCGUUGGAAUCAGCCCUGAUGAUUUGGGCUUCCAUUGAAAAGGAACAUGACAAGCUUCAUGAAGAAAUACAGAAUUUAAUUAAAAUUCAGGCUAUAGCUGUUUGCAUGGAAAAUGGAAAUUUUAAGGAAGCAGAAGAAGUCUUUGAAAGAAUAUUUGGUGACCCAAAUACUUGUACGCCUUUAAAAAGGAAACUGCUUAUGAUAAUCUCUCAGAAAGAUACAUUCCAUUCCUUUUUUCAACACUUCAGCUACAACCACAUGAUGGAGAAAAUUAAGAGUUAUGUGAAUUAUGUGCUAAAUGAAAAAUCGUCCACCUUUCUAAUGAAGGCUGCAGCAAAAGUAGUGGAAAGUAAAAGAGCAAGAACAACUUCUCAAGAUAAAUCUAAUGGUGAUGAUGUUGAAAUGGAAACUGAAGCUAAUUUGGAUAUAGGAAAAAGUGUUAGUGACAAACAGUCUGCGGUAACUGAAUCCUCAGGGGAUACAGUAUCCUUAUUGAGGUCUCACAAAAAUCUCUUAUCUAAGUUGAAACGUGGAAGCCAACAACAAGAUAUUAAUAAGAAAGAGGAAAGAGGGGAAACUCUUCAGAGUGGACGAAAGGAAAAAGAAAAUAGUAGGCGAGCCACUGAAAGCAAGAGAAUACGUGUUUUAAACAGUCAGCCUGUAACUCCUAAGAAAUGUCAAUCUAGGAAAAGACAGGUGUGGCUUUGGGAAGAAGACAAAAAUCUGAGAUCUGGUGUGAGGAAAUACGGAGAAGGAAAUUGGUCUAAAAUACUGUCCCAUUAUAAAUUCAACAACCGAACAAGCGUCAUGUUGAAAGACAGAUGGAGGACCAUGAAGAAGCUAAAACUCAUCUGCUCCGACAGUGAAGACUGAGUGUGCUUGCAUAGCUUGAUGAAAUGACAGUUAAAUAUUUUGAUCACUGCAUUUUAUUUGAAACUUGGUGGUCAUUAAUCUAACUUAAAAUUUUGUUUAAAGCAUUACAGUAUUUUUCUCGACACAGUCAUUUAAUAAGAGGAUUUGUGCUGCAAGAGUAAGAUUGUAUGCCAUCAUUGUAUUCCUUAAGAGUCUUUUACUUUGGUAAAAAAUAAAUUUGUUGAACCCUGAUAUUUUCAAUACUCCUACUUCCAGACCUGUUCCAGUAAAAAAAAAAAAAGGAAACUUUGUAGGAGAAGUGUAUUGCUUUUAACCCCUUUGUGUCUGUAGGCUGACUUCAACUCUGUAACACACAUAAAAGUGAGAUAUCUGAAUCAGUGAAUAAUAAUUAGGCCUUUGCCACAAGGGAUAAUGAAUUGAUUUAUGGCCUUAAUAUUUAAUUACUAAGACAUUUGUUUAUAGAAUGAUAAAUGGGCAGAGUAAUCUGAGUUAUUACAUAUUUAAAUUUUCCUUUUAGUAGUUUCAUAUAAAGGGAAAAAACUUGAGAACAAUACCCAUAGGACAAGGUUUAUAAUAUUACUGAGAAUAGCUUAGGUCUCAUUUAGGUACAUUUGCUUUUUGUUUUAGUUGAAACUUUGACAAAGAUGGUUGUAAGUAAAGCUUACUAACACAGCAUUAUAAAUCAACUGUACUUGCAAUAAAAAAAGUUUUUUAAAUAAAGCUUUUUUAUAACCUGA